ACAGUAUUAGUUGGUUCGUCAUCGUGUCAAGUUGAAUUUGCAAAAAAAAAAAAAUAAUAAAAAUUCAUUGUUAAUUGAAUAAAUUGUUUGUGAUUUUAUUAAUCACAUUUAAAGUGAAAUAUAAAUAUUAUCAAUUGACAAUGCUGAUUGUUUGGAUACAACGAAAUAAUAAUGUGUUUAAAAUAAUAUGUAAACAUAUUAAUUUAAGUGAUACGUGAAGACUAAAAAAAAAGUUGGUAUGGUGAUAAAUUUUAUUGCAAUGUGGCUGUUGACAUUUUUUAUUGCCAUUACGGCAGUUUUGUGUAGUGAUAUUAAAACAACAACAACAACAACAACAACGAUUACAAAAACAACAAUAACAAUACCAACAAUAAAGCCACGUACUAUUACAACAUCUACAUCAACAUCAACACCAACAAUAACAACGUCAACAACACCAGUAAUCAUAACAACAACAAGAAAUUCAUCAGUAAAUAAUAUUGCCAACAAUAAUAAUACUGGAUCUUACAAUGUUAUCGAGUGUUUUGAUAAAAUGACAACACUUGUAGAUGACAUCUGUGAGUGUCAUGCUGUAUCACAUAACAAUAGCCAAGUUGAGGUCAAAUGCCAUAAUGGAAUACCACUGAUUGACACUAUACCCCGGGAUAUUAACCAACUUGCAAUUUAUGAAAUUGAUGAAUAUCAAAUGAUAAAUUUCAUAAAAGAAUUUGAUAAUAAUAUAACAUUUAAUUAUCUUGAUAAUUUAAUUAUUAAUAAUAGUACUAUUACUGGUGCAAAUAUAACAUUAUCAAAAUUUCAAAAAUAUAAAUUAUUAAAUUUAUCUAGUAAUGAUAUUGUGGAAUUUUUUUUUGAUAAAAGUGAUACAAUAAUAAAUAAUAAAACAAAUAUAAUAAGUGAUAUAAUGAUAUUGGAUUUAUCAAAAAAUUUUAUAUGUGAACUAACAGUUAAUGCAUUUAGGACGCUUGAUAAUUUAAUAAAAUUAUAUUUACGUGAUAAUGUUAUUGAUAAAAUUGAUGAAAAUACAUUUAUUGAUCAAAUGAGACUUGAAAAUCUUGAUAUUUCAGAUAAUAAAUUAAGCAAUUUACCAGAUGGUACAUUAACAUAUUUAUCAUCAUUACAAAUAUUAAAUUUAAGUGGUAAUCAAUUAACAUUUUUGGGUGUAAGAUGGUUUGAGACACUUGGUAAAUUACGUGUACUUGAUGUAUCAAGAAAUGGUUUAACAAAAGCAGCAUCAGAUGCAUUACAACCAUUGCCUGGUUUAUCUGUAUUACGUCUUGCUGAAAAUCCAUUGAUGGAACGUGAUGUAUCAUUGUUACUAGGUACUGGUAGACGUCUUGAAACAGUUGAUGCUUCACGUACUGGUUUACUUCGUGUACCAGCAGCAUUAACAAGAUCAGUUAGAGCAUUAAGAUUAGCUGGUAAUAAAUUAACAUGUAUACGUGAUGGUGAUUUUGAUGGUUAUCCAUUAUUAAAAAUACUUGAUUUAUCAAAUAAUCAAUUAUUUAAUAUUGAAGAUGAUUCAUUGGGUCGUCUUGAUGUACUUGAAGAACUUGAUUUAUCUGGUAAUAAACUUAAAAUAAUACCACAAAGUUUACCAAAUAGUUUAUUAUCACUUAAUUUACGUGAUAAUAUUAUUGAUAAAUUAACAAUUGAUGAUUUUCAAGGUAUUGAUAAUAUACAAAUAUUAAUACUUGAUAAUAAUUUAAUUGAUAUUAUUGAUGAGGGUACAUUUAGUCAUGUACAAAAUUUAAUAAAACUUGAUAUAUCAAAUAAUCCAAUAAAAAAACUUGCUGCAAAUUCACUAUAUGGACCAGUAAGUUUAAUUAAUUUACGUAUGUCAAAUUUACAAUAUCUUGAAUGGAAUAAUGAACAACAACAUGGUGAUAUGGAAUUUCCAUUACCAAUACCAGAUAGACUUGUUUAUCUUGAUGUUUCAUAUAGUCCAAUAUUAGCUGAACAAUUAUUUUCCGAUAAUGCAGCUUUAUCAGCAUGUAAAAGUCUUGUUGAAUUAAAUUUAAUAAAUACAGGAUUAACAACAUUACGUUCUGAUAUUAUUUAUUUACUACCACAAUUAAAAAUACUUGGUUUAUCAAAUAACAAUUGGAAUUGUACUGAUAAUAAUUUAUUAUGGCUUGGUGAAUGGAUACGAUUAAAUCAAGAAUUACAACCAUCUGGAAUAUGUAGUGAUGAUAAUUAUGAAUAUAAUAAUACACUUCUUGUUGAUUUACCAUCACCACCAACACCAUCUAUACCAUCAACAACAACAACAACAUAUAAUAUUACAAAACAAAGUGAUUAUUUCAGUGAUGAUUUUAAACUCAAUCAUUAUUAUCAAGAUGCCAUUGUGCCAAAUAUGUCUUCCAUCAUCAAUAUUGAUAGUAAUAGCAAUACAGAAAAAUCAAUAACAGCCAAGGAAAUUGAAAAUCCAAUAGCAAUUGAUACAGAAACUCAACAAAAGUUUGUAAAUUAUACAAGUAAAUCAAGCGUUGAUCAUGUCAAUGAAGUAAUAAUAAAUAAAAAAAAUAAUAGUAGCAUUUAUAAUAUUAAACAACAAAAAUAUCAAUUUAAAAAAAAACAGCUAACUAAAAAAAUUGAUAAUAUCAAUGAUAAUCAAAGGUUUCAUAAUGAAAAUAAAUUAAAAAAAGAAAGAGAUAAAACACAAAACCAAAUAAAUAAUAAUAAAACAAAUGGAAUUAUUAAAAAUUACAUUAAUCAACAUGAAAUAAAAAACAAUCAUGUUGAUUUAAAAAAAAUUAAUAAUAAUAAAAUUGAUAUUAAAAUAAAAAGAAAAAAUAUCAAUAAUGUUAAUGAUAAAAUCAUUAAUAAUUUAAAUAAUAAUAUUAUUAAUAAUGAAAAAUCGUUGAUUGAUGAAAAAAAAAUUAAUAAUGUUGUUGAUAAUAAAAAUCAUGAUAAAUAUGAUGAUGAUGAUUUAAUUCAUGAUGAUACAAUGACAAAUACAAUUGCACAAGAAUUAAAUAGACGUGAUUCUGAAUUGAAUGAAAGAAUAAAAAAUUUAAAUUCACAUCCAGGUAUGUUAAUAUUAAUUGGUGCAAUAAUUGGAGCUGGUAUUGUGCUGACAAUAAUUUUAUCAAGACGUGCAACAUUAAGAUACAAAGAAAGGUAUCAACGUCAUGAAAAUAUUGAAGUACAUACACUGACACCGACAAUUGAACUUUGGUGACCAUCUUAAAUAAAUUUAAAUUAAUUAUUCAUAUAAACAAAGCAAUCGUGCCAACAUGGUCAAUUUACAUCAAUACACAUACAUAUACGCAUUUAUACAAAACAAUUAUUAUUAUUGAUAUUAUUAUCACCUCAUUGUAACAUAAACAAACAUACACAUACACAUGGAAAAAAAAGUGAAAUUAUUACUCAGUAUUUAUGAGUGUAUAAAAAAUAAAUGUCGAUAAGUUUGAGCAUUAAUUUUGUAAGAAGCGAUGAGAGACUAUGAGAUUGUGAAAUUUUCUUUUAAAUUAUAAAUAUUAUUUUUUUUUUUUCCUUGAUUUAUAAUGAAUGGGUAAUUUUUUUUUUUUUAAAUGAUAAUUUAAGUUCAGACUGAUCGAGCAUUAUAGUGACAAUAAAAUAAUUUUCAGUAAAAAAAUAAUAAAAAAUAAAAAAAAAAAAAAA